AACUUGAAAUAUUUGAUAGAGAAAGGUCUACCUCCUCUUAGAAAUCCAGACAUUCUUGUAGGAGAAAAUGACCUCACCGCUCUCAGUUAUUUGCACGAGCCUGCUGUCCUGCACAACCUUAAAGUGCGAUUUAUGGAGUCUAAACUUAUCUACACAUACAGUGGUAUUAUUCUAGUUGCAAUAAAUCCAUAUAAAGAACUACCCAUUUAUGGAGAUGCAAUCAUCCAUGCAUACAGUGGGCAGAAUAUGGGUGACAUGGAUCCCCAUAUAUUUGCUGUGGCAGAAGAAGCAUACAAACAAAUGGCCAGGAACAAUAGGAACCAGUCCAUCAUUGUGAGCGGAGAGUCUGGAGCUGGGAAGACAGUGUCUGCGAGGUAUGCCAUGCGUUACUUUGCCACCGUCAGUAAAUCAAGCAGCAAAGCCAAUAUGGAAGAUAGGGUGCUGGCGUCCAAUCCAAUAACUGAGGCAAUAGGAAAUGCAAAAACCACCAGAAAUGAUAACAGCAGUCGCUUUGGAAAAUAUACAGAAAUCAGUUUUGACAGAAGGUACCAGAUAAUUGGUGCAAACCUGAGAACUUACCUCCUUGAAAAAUCUAGGGUUGUAUUUCAGUCUGAAAAUGAGAGAAAUUAUCACAUAUUUUAUCAACUCUGUGCAUCUGCUUCCCAGCCUGAGUUCAAGAACUUUUACCUAAUGAGUGCAGAGAAUUUCAACUACACAAAUAUGGGCAGUUGCACAGUGAUUGAAGGAGUUGAUGACAGAAGAGAUAUGAUAGACACUCAAAAAACAUUUAAACUUCUAGGUUUCAAUAUUGAAUUUCAGAUGGAUAUCUUCAAAGUUCUGGCGGCAAUCCUGCAUUUGGGAAAUGUAGAGAUCAAGCGUGUUAGUGAUGACAAGUCUUCAGUUGCUAGAAAUAACCGGCACCUUCAGAUAUUCUGUGAGCUCUUAAACCUGGACACAGAGAAAGUGGCACAAUGGCUGUGCAAUAGGAAAAUCGUCACUACUGCCGACACUGUCAUCAAACCCAUGACAAAGUAUCAAUCUGAAAAUGGACGAGAUGCCCUGGCUAAAAAUAUAUACUCCCAUCUAUUUGACUAUGUGAUUGAGAAAAUAAAUAAAGCAUUGCAGUUCCCUGGGAAGAUGCAUACAUUCAUCGGGGUACUUGAUAUCUAUGGGUUUGAGACCUUUGAUAUCAAUAGUUUUGAACAGUUCUGCAUAAAUUAUGCAAAUGAGAAACUACAACAGCAAUUUAACUUGCAUGUCUUCAAGCUUGAACAAGAAGAAUACAUGAAGGAAGAUAUCCCAUGGACUCUCAUAGAUUUCUACGACAACCAACCAGUUAUAGACCUUAUUGAGGCAAAGAUGGGCAUUUUGGAACUUCUUGAUGAAGAAUGCUUGCUACCACAGGGAACAGAUGAAAAUUGGCUUCAAAAGCUCUACAACAACUACAUCAACAAGAACCCCUUGUUUGAAAAGCCAAGAAUGUCCAACAGAUCAUUUAUUAUCCAGCACUUUGCCGAUAAGGUAGAAUAUAGAUGUGAAGGAUUUUUGGAGAAAAAUCGGGAUACAGUUUAUGACUCAUUGAUUGACCUGCUAAAAGCUAGUAAGUUCCAGCUUUGCGCAAAUUUUUUUAAAGAUAACACGGCACCCACAACACAUUACAGUGCAGCUAUAAAGGUGAAAUCUGCAAGGCCUGCCAUCAAGUCAGCAAACAAAGAGUUAAGAAUGACUGUGGGCAGCAAGUUCCGCAACUCUCUGUGUUUACUUAUGGAGACGCUUAACGCCACCACUCCUCAUUAUGUCCGGUGCAUAAAACCCAAUGAUGAAAAGCUCCCAUUCGAAUUUGACCCUAUAAGAGUAGUCCAGCAAUUGAGAGCUUGUGGUGUGUUGGAAACCAUCCGAAUAAGUGCUCAAAGUUACCCCUCCAGGUGGACAUACAUAGAAUUUUAUGGACGUUACAGCAUCCUGAUGACACAGCAGGAGUUGUCCAUGAAUGAUAAGAAAAAUAUUUGCAAAGUUGUACUUCAGAGACUAAUCCAGGAUUCCAACCAAUAUCAGUUUGGAAGGACUAAGAUCUUCUUUAGAGCCGGGCAAGUGGCAUACUUGGAAAAAUUAAGGUCUGACAAGUUGAGAAAUGCCUGUGUUAUGAUCCAGAAGAAUAUUCGGGGUUGGGUGCAGAGGAAGAAGUUCCUACAUGCACGAAAUGCAGCCAUUGUCAUACAGCAGUACUUCAGGGGACAAAGGGCUGUGAGACAAGCAAUAACUGCAACUGCCAUUAAACACACUUGGGCUGCUAUCAUCUUCCAGAAACACUGCAGAGGCUUCUUAGUGCGUCGCAUAUACCAGCUUAUUUUAGUAGCUACAGUGACCAUACAAGCAUUCACACGAGGUUAUCUGGCAAGAAGGAGGUACCGCAAGAUGCGAGAAGAGCACAAGGCUUUAAUACUACAGAAGUAUGCACGUGCAUGGCUGGCCCGCCGCAGGUUCCAGAACAUCCGAAGAUUUGUGGUAAACAUUCAGCUUUCCUAUAGGGUGCAGCGGCUGCAAAAGAAACUUGAAGAUCAGAACAAGGAAAACCAUGGACUUAUGGAAAGACUGACUAGUCUAGCAUCAGCUCAUUCACAUGAUGCUGAUAAACUCCAUAAACUUGAAACAGAACUGGAAAAAUCUCUCACCCAAAAGAAGUCGCAGGAGGAAAAAGGAAAGAAAUACAAGGAUGAUACUGAGCAGAAAAUGACAAAGCUUCAAGCUCAAAACACUGAACUUCUUGAGCAAAAGCAGCGGUUGGAAGUCAGACUGGAGGAGAAGACCCAAGAGAUGAAGGAUAAAAUGAACGAACUCGCAAAUCAGCUGUUUUCUGAUGUGGAGAAAAAAGAAAAGCAAAGAGUGAAGCUUGAAAAACAGUUUGAAAUGCAAAAAAGAGACUAUGAAAAAGAAAUAAUGCAGCUGAGGGAAGAAAUUAAGUCUCUGAAAGAAAAAAAUAAACAGCUGACGCUGCAGAUAGAAGAACAAGCAAGACUCAGCGAUGGAUUGAAACUAGAAGUGGCUCUUUUAUCUGACCAAGCAAAGAAAAUCCCAGAAUUUGAAACUCAAAUUGAAGUUCUUGAAACCCAGGUAAAGGAGACUGACCACCAGGCACAGUUGCAGAAGAAUGAAAUGCGAGAGAAGAUGUCUGAAAUGGCCAAACAGCUUUUGGACAGCUUUGAAAUUGAAGAUAUUAAAAACAGACUUGCUCAAGAAGAUCUGGGCAAUAUAAAUGAAGAUGGAGAACUUUAUUUUGCAUAUGAAGGCUUGAAAAAAGCAACUAGAAUACUAGAAAACCACUUUCAUACCCAGAAGGAAGCUUAUGUAAAAGAAAUUGAGCUGCUGAAUUUUAAAGCAAAUCAUUUCAGUGAUGAUAUAAAACAUAUCCAAAAAUCACUGAAGGAAGAAAGAGAAAGAAAUGAUGCCCUCAGACAAGAGAUUACAAGGCUGACUUCUGAGAACAAGAUAAUAACAUCGCUCAAUGCUAAGAUUUCUGAUCUUGAGAAACAAAACAUGGAUCUUCAAGGUUGCCUUUAUGAACAGAAUAUGAAAAUGCCAGACAACGGAGAAAAAAUAUUCAACCACAGAAAUCAUCACCAGGAUGAGGAAAACAUGCCUCCGAAACUGAAAAAAAGACACGCAGAACAGCUGGAAAACGAAGAGAUGGAAGGCCAGGACGACAUUCGUUUGAUAGAUCAAAAUGAUAUGUAUAUUGAGGAUUACGAAGAACAGGUAGAUAAAAAGGAUAGAAUUAUUAAAAAACUCCAAGAUCAGAUCAAGGCGCUCACAAAAACCAUGGACGCAGAAAACCAAACUAACGUGCCCAGCGUGUUUAAGGAUUACUUGGGAAUGCUGGAAUUCCUUCCAGAAGACGAAUCUAAACUUAUUGUCAACCUAAUUCUGGAUAUUAAGCCAAGAGGCGUUGUGGUGAAUAUGAUACCAGGACUCCCAGCUCACAUCCUCUUCAUGUGUGUUAGGUACACCGAUUACAUAAAUGACGCAGACAGAAUCAAGUCUUUAAUGAAUGCCUCCAUCAAUGGCAUUAAACAGGUUAUAAAGGAACAUGCAGAUGAUUUUGAAAUGUUGUCUUUCUGGUUGUCCAAUGUCCAUCAUUUCCUCAACUGUUUGAAACAGUACAGUGGAGAAGAGGAGUUCAUGAAAUAUAAUGUGCCACUUCAGAAUAAGAACUGUCUGAAGAACUUUGAUUUAUCAGAAUACAGGCAGAUUAUCAGUGACUUGGCCAUUCGUAUCUUCCACCAGUUUAUUACUGUGAUGGAGAAUAAUAUCCAGCCAAUGAUUGUACCUGGAAUGCUGGAAUAUGAAAGUCUUCAUGGGAUAUCAGUGGCAAAGCCUACAGGAUUCCGCAAGCGGUCGUCCAGUAUAGACGAUACAGAUGCAUAUACUAUUACUUCAAUACUGCAGCAGCUGAGUUAUUUUUACACCACGAUGUGUCAGCAUGGCAUGGACCCUGAGCUUCAGAAACAGACAGUAAAGCAACUAUUCUUCCUGAUUUCCACAGUCACCCUCAAUAGUCUUUUCCUGCGCAAGGACAUGUGCUCUUGUAGGAAAGGAAUGCAGAUAAGAUGUAAUAUAAGUUAUCUAGAAGAAUGGCUGCAAGGGAAAAAUCUUCACGGAAGUGCAGCCAAGGAAACCCUAGAACCUCUUUCUCAAGCAGCAUGGUUAUUACAGGUUAAGAAAAUCAAAGAUGAAGACGCUAAAGAAAUAUAUGAGCACUGCACCGCUCUUUCUACAGUCCAGAUUGUUAAGAUACUAAAUUCCUACACUCCUAUCGAUGAUUUUGAGAAGCGAGUUACACCCUCAUUUGUUCGUAGGGUUCAGUCCAUGCUAAGCAGUCGUGAAGAUGGACCACAGCUAAUGUUGGAUAGCAAAUACCUCUUCCAAGUGACAUUCCCAUUCAGCCCAUCUCCUCAUGCACUGGAAACCGUCCAGAUUCCCAGCAGCCUCAAGCUUGGCUUUCUUAAGAGAAUAUAAAAGGCUGCAUAAGCGGCAGGUACAGAACUUGGACGGCCCUCCCAGGAAUCUAUAUCUAGUUAAACUGCCUACUGUUUUAAACUUAGAUAUUUUGAAGUGUUGGAGUUGUAAAAUUAUCUCAUCAUUGCAAGGGUUUAAUAGUAAAGGUGAAAGGUUUUCAAUAGGUUCCAUGUGUCCUACAGGUGAGCCCUACGUUUGGUGUAUAUGCCAGGAAAUCUCUUGGUGUAUACAUCAAAUGUAUCUGUAGGGCUCCAUUUACUUGACGGUGUUGAAAAAGUGUAAUUUUGACCUCUAUCAGACUGGUAUGCUUUUUUUAUAAUCUUAGAGGGCUAACGUAAAAAAUGUAUACAACAUGGUAUACUUUUGUUUUACAGUAAGAGUGAAUGGCCAACGUAUGCCAUUGUUUGCCUAUAGAGUGGCAAAUAUAUGUCAGAGACAUCCAUAUUCUUAAAGAGGCUCUGUCACCAGGAUCAACCCUAUUAAACUAGGCAUACUGCCUGGUAGGGCUCAUUAUACCGAUUAGAACUUUACCUUUCUUUUGUCUGUAUGCUAAACAGCUGCAAAGAUAUCUGCAUUGUAUUUAUAUGCAUAUGAGCAGGUUGGAGCACCAGGGGUAGGGCUAAGUCCUUGGAGCACUGCUUUUGUAAAACCCCUGUUCUCUGCACACUCCCCCCUCCCCUUGAUUGACAGAGCUAGACAUCAGCAUGCUGAGGGCAGAGCUGUGGCCUAGAGCUAUGUUCCAGCAUGUACAUAUCAUAUAGACCACUUACCACAUUGAGAAGGGUGGAUUUCUAUGCUUAAAAAGCUAAUCUACAUAUUACUGCUUUAUUCACAGGCACAAUAUAUGAAUAUAAUGAAACCAGUAAUAUGAUUUAGCUUAAUACUUAUGUUAUGGCCUCUGCAGCUAUAGUAGGUGAUAUUUACUCUCUUCUGUCUUUAUUUUACAUUGAUAAGAAGAUCCCAUCAUUAAAGUCACAGCAAACAUCCCCAGGCAAUUCUUGGUUACAACUGAUUUGUUUUUGAUUACUGAGCAUAAUUAUGAAUUGUUUUGUAUUGUGCCACUGUUUAUUUAGCUAAAAGUUGAAUUUUAUUUUUACCGUUUUAUGUUUGGAAUUAGUCACAAAAUUUUAAUGGCUAUUUAUUGUAUGACUUUGUUCACAUAUUUGCUAUGUACAGUAUGUUUCUAAAUGUUCUUUGAAUCAAUGGUUGUCAAUGGAGCAAUACACAAGUGUAUUUUUCAUGUUUGUGCAUAAAGGGAAUGUGUCACCUAUAAUUUUUCUGGCAAUUAAAAUGAGAUAGUGACACAUUCUUUUUUUCGAACAUUUUUAUUUUCUGAUUGUACAUGUUUAUUCUAUUGUAUGCAAGAUUAUGGGGGCAGCCAUCUUGCUAUGUUAUUAGAUAUGCUUUACAGCAGCCCCCAUAGACACAAUAGACUGAAGGCAACUCAUUAACUUCUAUAGGAGAGUUUUCUAGAAAAACAGAUGUUAUCUUUAACUGUAAUCCUGUGGGUCAUGAUAAUGAGAGCGCUGCAGAGAAGUCAUCUCUACAGAACAGGAAGUCUGUAACUUAAAAACUGGGUUUAAAAGGUAAUUUUCCGACAACAUAUUCCCUUUACCUCUUUCUGACCAGCAUGGUCAGUUCUAAAGAGGGCUUCUGGAGUGGAGCUAAUGUCUUUGAUUGGUGAUAACGCCUAUCACAGACAUUUAAACCCUCACAUGCCAUGGUCAAUUGUGGCAUCUGAGGCGGCUUUUCCCAGGAGUGUAAUGGUAAAAAAAAAAAAAAUGCCCCAUAAAUGAUUUUCCAAAGUUUUUUUUUUUUUCAGUAUUAAAACAGAUUUGG